UAUUAAGAGUUGACUUUUCUAUCGAUGAAAAGGCCUCCAAGCAAUUCCCAAAAGACCAUAUUUGUCUCCAUCAUAAACUUAUAAUUACAAUCACAACACGCAAUCAAACUCACAUCAUAGAAUCUCAACCAGAUCCUUCAUCUCAUCAGAGAAUUCUAAACAUGGUGAGACAGAGAAGGAAGUCGGAGAAAGAAGAAGAGAAGCGAGAACAAGAAGAUGGAGAACAAGAAGAUCAGAAGGUGCAGCCGAUGCAAAGAACCGUGAGCAGAAGAAACAUGCAAUCUCUGGUGAUCGGGCUCGUUGGAGGUGCGUUGACUCUCGGUGCUUAUUCUCAGACCUAUGUUUCUCCGGGCACAUCUAUAGGCGCUGGUCUCUUUGUCCUCUUCUUUGGCUUGCUUGUCAGCGAAGGCUUUAUCUCUCUUUAAAAAAAUGUUUCUAAUUUUAAUCUAUGCUUUUGUUUAAUGUAUGUUUACAUAUAUACAUAGAACAUCUUGUUUGAUUUUGUUUUAUUUGAAAAUUGUUGGGACUCUUUUGAAUUAAUGUGAUCCAAUCCAUUUUGCUUUUA